UGCCAAUUACGGCACCUUGCGCAAACUACGAGUACCAUUUGAACCUCGUGACGUUGCGUGUGGAGUCGACCUAUCUACCAGUAAACAUGUUUCGUGUCGUCUGUUUCAGCACCGUGACUCUAUGGACCGUGCUUAAUUGUCUGUUUGAAGUUAGGGGAGAAAUAUUCCGUAAUGCCGGUUUUGAGGCCCCGCUUGGUCCGGACAACUGGUACUGCUCGAGCUGCACGGGGGAACAGUACGGGCACGACAAGGUGGAGGGGACUGUGAGUAUGCGGGCAAGUCAGAGACGGGGUGCCUGGGCUGGGCCUUCGUACGACCUUCUGUAUGGAAGUGACGUCAUCUCUGACCGGACGUACGACUUCCAGAUCUACGUGCAGCUGAUGUCGGGUGGUGACGUCAAACAUCCAGUCAAAGUGACCGUGCAAACAACGUAUUCUGACGGAGAGACCUUCCACCGGCAGAUCGCGACUCUGAGCGCCGUGAGUCAGACGGACGGCUGGCAGCAGGUAGCCGCCACAUGGACUGUACCAGUUUACGACAAACCAGUGACGUCCAUGCGGCUGUACGUGGAGGGACCUCCGCAUGAGAUCGACCUACUCGUGGACAGGUCUUCUCUGACUGAGGCCGGUGUGGGCACCGUCGAUACUUUGCAGACAGGCUCGGAGCUGCUCUCCAACCCAGGAUUCGAGUCGUUGCUGGACUUCUGGCGAUGUUCCGGGUGUACCGGAGUCUACUUCACGGCAGACAGUUACAGCGGAACUUCGUGCAUGCUGGCUCAAGAUAGGAGUGCAUCAUGGGCCGGUCCUUCUCAGAACAUGGCCUGGGGGUCAAAGGUCAAAGGCGGACAUAACUACCAGUUCAGCAUCCAGGUCAAGUUGCUUGAUGGCGGAGACACGCCUUACCCGCUCAUGGCGAAACUACACGUGACGUUUAAUGACGGGAAUUCUGACGUUUGGCUUCAAGUUGCUGGAAGCUGGAUGUCUGCUCAGGAUGGCUGGAAGAAGCUCGGUGGGGAUUACACCAUUCCGGACUACGGCAACACCGUGAGUAACAUCCGGCUGUUUUUGGAGGGACCACCGGGCGAGAUCCGCUUCCUUGUGGACGACGCUUCCUUGAAGGAGUUCGUGUCUCCCACCACCGACUGGAAGUCUGAGGCAGACGCGCGGAUAGAACAGAUCCGCAAGAGAGACGUCAAGCUCAGGGUCAACGCACCGAACGCACAUGGCAUCACAGUGGAGGUAGCUCAGACCAGGUCCCACUUUGCCUUCGGUACGUCCGUCAGUGCCUGGGAGAUGCCCAGUAACAGUCUCUAUACGGACUUCUUCUUCAACAACUUCGAGUGGGCCGUGCUAGAGAACAAUCUCAAGUGGAGGCAGAACGAAUGGAAUGAGGGACAGAUGAGAUUCGACCUGGCAGACGCAACCAUUGAACUGCUGGAAAGCCGAGGGAUCCCGAUACGUGGGCACUGUGUUUUCUGGGGAGCCGGAGUCUCACAUGUUCCCGCCUGGCUGCCGGCGUACUCCGGGUUGGAGCUGGAGCAAAAGUGCUGGAAAAGGGUUGAUGAUGUGGUGGGCCGAUAUGCUGGGAGGUUGCAGCAUUGGGACGUGAAUAACGAGAUGCUGCACGGAAACUUCUUCGUGGAGAAAACGGGAAACCCGCAGAUCCGGUACGAGAUGUUCCAGAAGGUGAAGGAGAAGGAUCCUGGCGCCAAACUCUUCCUGAACGACUACGGAGUCAUCAACAGCGGGGCGAUGACACAGGCGUACGUGCACCAGGCGGAGGAGUUUCUCGCUAACGGAGCUCCAGUCGACGCGAUCGGAGCUCAGGGUCACUUCACGGGACGUCCUGACCCCGACCUUCUCAAAAGCCGCUUGGACCUUCUGGCCACUGCCGGUCUGUCAAUCUGGGUGACGGAGCUGACCGUAGCCGAACCAGACGAGCUGGAGAGAGCGGCAGGUUACGAGGACGCCUUGCGGGUCGCCUUCAGCCAUCCGGCCGUGGAGGGUGUCAUUCUUUGGGGCUACUGGGACGGGGCGCACUACGACCCGCAAUGUGCUCUGGCCAAUGGCGACAACGUGCAGGUCAACGAGGCGGGCCGCCGCUGGCAGCAGCUGGUUCUCACCGACUGGCGGACCAACCUGUCCCUACAUCACGGCACCACCACCUCAGCUGGGCAGGAGUUCGACUUCCGUGGUUUCCAUGGCAACUACGAGGUGACAGUGAAGUUCCAUGGCCAGGUGGCGACCACCAAGACCUUCUACCUGUCACCUGGAGACGGGCCGAGGACCGUGGAUAUAGACAUGCCUAAUGACGUCAUAGUCGGCUGAGAGGCUACAGAUUGCAGAUUACCACAUUCUGAUAAUAAAAUACAGAAUAAAGGGAAAAGAAACGUGUCAAGUCUCGGGCAUGAAGUUUAUCUUUCCUAUUACUCAGUACUAAAGUGACAGUACAUGUAAAUGUAUACGUACAUGUCAGCCAGUCCUAAACAUCUUCCGGUUCCAAAAUUCACAUGGAACUGUAUAUUUGUCGGUGUCUCCCUGUCAGGGACAUGAUGGUGACCUUUCAAAACACGGGGUUUGUUAAAGUCAGUGUAGACAUUAACAUACGUAAAGAAACACUCAGAAAAAAGCACAAACUCAUUUUCUUUCUUGCUUGCUUUUAUUACGUUGUGUGUGUAUAUAUUUGC